AUGAACCUGUAUUCCAUAAGUAGAAGUUUGCAGGCGAAGUCGGAGAUUUCCAAAGGCGCCGAAGAGGAGCUGGCAGUUCGGAUCCACAGUUCACAUUCCAACAACAGCCCUCGAGGUUCAUCACCUCAUGCUGUUGUUGACGGACACAGCGCUGAUGUCAAGAAAAUGUCUCGAAAGGCCUUUCUAGUCUCAAUGGCUAGACUUGUGGUAAUUGAACUAGGCAGCUCACUGCGCCUGUCCUACGUUGUAGUCUCGGAGCUGUUGCCGCGAUUCCGAAAUACUCUAGGUAUGAAGUCCAAGUUGCCGCCUGACCUAAUCGCAGAGGAAUUUUAUACCAAAGCCCGGGAACAGAAUUUCGUGGACUUAUCACGUAAGCUGCUUGCGCAGCCGCAGCCUCGCUUGUGUAUGCUCUUGGACCUUCUGUGGACAUUUCUCGACGAAUCAGCCUUAUGCGAUGUCUUGGAACACUGCAUCGUCAGAGAAUGUUUGCUUUUUGACCUGGUGUCACCGGAUAUGUCAUUCGCGCAUCAAAUAGACGGUGUGUAUGUUUUGUGCGGCCUAAUGCAGCACCGGGAUACCAGACACCAUCUUAUCAAAUAUGUCUUCUUCAAUAAAAUUACGUUUGACAAUUUCCUAAACGUGAAAUGUCCUGACGACGCCGUGCUUCGCACCGUAGUCCGUAAGCCCUGGUGGCAACGGCCAACCUCUGUGCUCGGGGAGACCGAUCCUAGGAUAGCUGAAAUGAACGAAAAAGGCACUAUCAAAAAUUCUAAUUUUGCUCCUUCUUCUACAGACAAAAUGUCCAAGCUGCGAGCAAACGAUACAGCAUUAGAAACCCAAUACAGGGAAGAUUGCGAGAAAAUCACCAAAGCUGUGGCCCCCUUAGAACAAGUACAGCUACAGUUCCUCCUAAUGCUACUAGAUAACUCCGAUGGCACAGAUAUGGUGCCAUCUUCGCGCAAGAUCUUCAUGGAGAAGUUCCGCAAAUACAUCAUGGACAACUGUAUCUUAGACAUGAGGCUGUUCAACAUUUCAAGAAACUCCCCUUCCAUCUCAUGGUGCUGCCAUGCUCGGCUCCUGACGGCAGUACUGAAGUUGUGGAGCGAACACCCUAUUGGAAACCCACAAAUCCCACCUCAUCUGCCAGCCAGGACAUUUAUCGACGGAGAGCUGGAUUUCUACAAUGUUGACAGACUGGGCGGAGUGCUACCUUUCCUGGUCAGGACUUUACGGCAGGACCUAAUAUCCGUUUUAGGAGAAGACAAUCCUUUCAUCCAAAGUUUCGAACCUAGCUACAAUAGGGCUGGCGGAAUUGACACAGGCUUUCUGGCGCAAUUGUCAGGUGUGAGCGAUAUGGCGGCUGGGUCGCCUGGACUGGCCACUUUGCCUCAUGUCAUCUCGUCCAUGGCACGUUUCAUGCAUCCGCCUCCCUUACCACCAAUGUCUAACAGAACUACUGGCGAAACAGCCCUAGCGCUAAAAGGAACCAGAUCUCUUAUGCCUGGAGCGGGUUCCAUAGACGUCAGAUCAGCGCAACUGAGGCUUGUAGACGGCCUGCUUGCGCUGUACCACGGAGCCGCUAUCAAACACGCUGAGAAGCUAUGUGAACUAAGGGACAACCAACUGGACAUGGCAGACUGUCUUCACGACAUUGAGUACCGCAUGUAUACGGUAUCUUCGGAGAUACAGGCGGGAGGUGGUGGAGAACGUACAGAAAAAGAGAAAGCAAGAAAACAGUUAAUGGAUAAAAUGCUUAAAGAACUAGAAAUAUCAAAAGCAGUUUAUGAGGAGAAACUGGAAGCUGGCGCGUUACAAAUGGCGUGGGUGAUCGGAGCGAUCUGGACGAAAAAACGCCAAUCUGAACUUGUGCGGCAUUUCAUGGGUACAUUGCAUUCUCUGCGGUUGGCUUCAGACCCGGAUUACGCCACUCACGCUGCGGUAGCCAGCAAAGAAAUCCUACCCGGGAAAAGUUCAAUUUUGGACGGAGCGAGCUACGCCUCCUUGCAACUAGAAUACACAUCGAGUUCAGAUCAAAGUCCCCAAAGCCCAAGAUCGAGAGCCACCACACCUAGAAUUGGAUCACACAUGCAGUUAGGACAACAAAGCACGCCACCAGCAGGAACAACGGUAUCGCAGGAGUUCAUGGAAUCCCUGUUCGCCUUUGUGCCGGAAUACCACGUGGAUGCAAUGCUAGAGCUUUGCAAUACUUUGCGAUUGUACAUGCAUCCCACAGUACCUGUGCAACAAAUACCUGAAUGGGAGGAGUUAGUUGUAUCGUGUGCAGCAUUUCUGUGCUCGGAAUUCGCGGACCAGCGAAUCGUUCUUGCCAGUACGCGGGAGUCCCUCGUACAAACACUGGCCUCCUUUGCCACGCAGCCUGCCACCAUGAGGGCCAUUGAACGUGUGCCUAUGAAACAGCAAAUGUCAAUGGUAGAAGAACUGGUACGACCUUAUCAGAAUCGUGCGUGGGCGCAAUCCAAUUGGGUACUUGUGCGGUUCUGGCACGGGUCUGGAUUCGGAUUCAGACACCGGCAGUGGCCCCAUCUUGCUGCCAGGUAUGGCGACAGAGAACCUACGGUUAACAAUUUGGGGGCUAAAGUCGAUGCUGGUUUGAUGAGCCAAUGCUUCGGACCCUGUCCAUCAGAAGUAAUACAAACGCGUAUCAAAGAGUACUUACUGGCACAUCCAAAGGAAGCUGCCGCGUUCCUCAACUCCCUGUUGAGUCAGUUGAACUGGGCCUUCUCGGAGUUUAUCACCAUGAUGCAGGAGAUGGACAGAGUAAACGUAGAUUCGCACCUGGAAUCGCGUCAAAUUAAGCUAUGCGCGACCUGCUUCGACCUGUACCACGGCCUGGCGCGGGCACUCGAAAUGAUCAUGCACCUGGUCCCCACGCUGCUCACAAAAAGCGAUAAUUGUGAUGGGCAGAACGAGCUGCUUCUGGGUAGAACUUGUCAGAUCCUCAUGGCAGUAAUCUCCCGCGUGUGCGUGCGUAACGGUGGUGGUGCGGGCUUUGCUCGCCUCGUUGCACGAGGCCUGCCCGACACCGACCGCGUGCACUACUACGUUGCGCUUUCCCCUGUCGCCGGGUGUCUGAUUAGGUUAUUGGAACCGAAAUUGCCUUCUGACCAUCUAGAGAAGGUAACAAAGGCGCUGGUGACCGAGCCGCUGUUCAGAGCGGACGGGCUGGAAUUCAUGUUGGGAAAAUCGAAAGACUCCAAGCAUUUCUCGUUCUAUCAAUUCCCAGAUGACAUAACAGCAGAAGAACUUCGAGCAUUAGAAACAGUAGUGGAUCGUCUGCGAGUGGCCAAGGACGCAUUGGUGAAGUCGAGGUCGCCGGGUGGAUCGAGCGGAGCCCAGUCAGACCUACUGUGUACUAUCUGCUAUGCAAGGCCGGCUGAUACUGCGUUUGUGCCAUGUGGACAUCAUUCUUGCAGAGCCUGCAUAAUGCAACAUCUAUUGAAUAGCAAGCAAUGCUUCUUCUGCAAGGCAGACAUUGACUCGACGCGUGAAAUAAACCCAGCUGCUAACAACUGAUUCGAAUAACAUUGAAAACAAUGCUUUAUUUGUUAUUUUUUUAUUGAUUGUAAGAAAUGAAUGGUGACACGUUAUAUUUAAACAUUCAGAACGUUUGUUUUGAAAAUACAGUUACAACUAUUGAUAAUACGUACUUACACAAACUUAAGGGCUUCUUCGCGCUUAGACAGUGGACCAAUGGCGGAUAUUAUGGAGUAUUUUCGUAAAGCUGCUUUCGGAAACAUCUUUAUAAAAUAACCAAAUGCUAUAAUAACCAAGCUAGUCUAGUCGGCAAAAGUGGCGCGUCUGUGGCGCGACAGUCUAAUUUAAAGGUCCCCCUAGAACGCAGCAGACGUCUUUUUCGUGAUAUGAGAUUGUCGAUUUGCACGCAAAAAGAACUUCUUUGUAAGAUGUUGAAAUGUUGUUGCGAGUUAUAGAGCCAUCGGUCGAUUAAUUACCGGCAACGUUCACAAAAAAUCCUUCAUAAAAUAUAAUAUUUUCCAUUAAACGACUAUUUGCGUGCGACCGCAGCCUUAGCGCUAGUUUUUAUACGGACUCUGUCGCCCGCGACUGUAUUCUACAUUCCUACAAACGUUCAUUUUCAAAAUGGAUGUCGAAAAAAUUGUAUGCUGAUUAUAAAAAAAAACUAAAACAUAUUUUGGAUACAUCCUUUGUUAAGAGAACGUACUACAAAGGUGCAUUUAAUUCGUUCUAUAAUGAGUUACGGGAACACUACACAAUUUUUUUCAAUUACACUCAAAUUUCGGUAAUUUCCUUUACCGGUCUUAGAUGAACUAAAACUAUUGGUCACAUUGAGGUAAGUUCAAUACACACGCGGCUAGUCGAACAGUGGAGAGUACAAAUCUCGGAGAUACUCGAGUCGCGUGUU